CAGCACAGGAGGAACGAGCCGUCAGGGUGUGAGUGGCCAGCCGACUGCGCACAAAGAGGAAGAGCAGAGAGCAGUGCAGGUUGGUCACUACAGGAUGGCUUGGUUGCUGGAUUAUCCCUUCACAGAAGAGAAGCCUUUACUGGAGGAGCAAAAAGGAGCCCAGGACACAGACAUGGAGCACUGCAAGCCCUUUGUCUCUCUGGGAGACUGGAAGGAGUAUGACAUCAAGACCCCCCUUGGGUUGUUGCAUGUGGAAAUCCGGGGACAAGAAAAGGGGAAUAAACCAGCUAUACUCACGUACCACGAUGUUGGGCUCAACUAUCAGCUAUGCUUCAGCACCCUGUUUAACUGCCACGAGAUGCAAGAGAUCACAAAGCACUUUGCCGUGUGCCAUGUGGAUGCUCCUGGCCAGCAGACCGGGGCAACCCAGUUGCCUCCAGGAUACCAGUACCCAACUAUGAAGCAGCUUGCAGGGAUGCUGCCCAGUGUGCUACACCACUUUGGGAUUAAGAGAAUUGUGGGCAUGGGUGUUGGUGCAGGAGCCUACAUCUCGGCCAACUUUGCACUGCUCUUCCCAGACCUAGUGGAGGGCCUGGUCCUGGUCAACAUUGAUGCCAGUGGCAGAGGCUGGAUCGACUGGACCACCAGUAAGCUCACUGGGCUGACCAGCACUCUGCCGGACACCAUUCUGACACACCUCUUCAGUCAGGAGGAGCUGGUGACUAACACAGAGCUUGUACAAAACUACUGGCAGCAGAUUAGCAGUUCCAUCAGUGAGGUCAACCUGCAGCUCUUCUGGAACAUGUACAAUAGCCGAUGGAGCUUGGAUAUAAACCGUUGUGGCACAGGUGUGAAUGCAAAGACUCUACGUACCCUCCACUUGUAUGGCCCGUCUGCCCAGCUCUCGCAGCGCCUCGGUCUCCAGCGCUGGCCCCAUAGACACCAUGGGCUUUCGGACCUGCCGCUGCUUGGAUAACAAUGAGGUCACGGGUCACCUUCGGUCUUCCUCAUGAUGGUACCAUUCCUCACCUGUACCUGGGAAACACACCUGUACUUAGAAGACACCUACUCCACACCUGUACCUGGGUGAAAAAAAAAUCCUGUGUCUGGAAGUCACCCAUUACUCACCUGUACCUGAGAAAUAUUUGCACCCACAGGCAUUGAGUUUGA